AUGCAAAAGCAACAAAAUGAAUAAAUUGAGGAGGAUGAAUAUGAAGAGGUGAUUAGCUAUACAUCUUUAGAGAAGUUAGCAAUUCCAGGAUUUGGAGCAGUAGAUAUACAGAGAUUAAAAGAUGCCGGAUUUACAACAUGUGAAUCAAUUGCCUACACUGCCAAAAAGAAUUUGAUGAAUAUUAAGGGCAUGACUGAUGCCAAGAUUGAGAAAUUAGUUGAAGCCGUGGCUAAACUAGUAGUAAACCAAUUCAAACCAGCUACCGAUGUUCUUAAACAAAGAGAAAGAAUAGUACACAUUUCAACAGGGAGCACUAAAUUUGAUAAAUUACUUCGAGGAGGCAUUGAAACUGGUGGAAUAACAGAGAUAUUCGGUGAAUUUAGAACAGGGAAGUCUCAAAUUUGUCACACAUUAGCAGUCACUUGUCAAAUGAAUGAUGCAAGGGGAAGACCAGGUGGCAAAUGUCUAUAUAUUGAUACCGAAGGAACUUUUAGACCAGAGAGGCUGAGUGAAAUUGCAAAGAGAUUUGAAUUGGGAAUAGAGGAAGUCUUAGAGAAUGUCUCUUUUGCGAGGGCUUAUAAUGUAGAUGAAUAAAUGAAGUUACUAGUUCAAGCAUGUAAUUUAAUGUCUACAGAUAAAUAUGCAUUGUUGAUAGUCGAUAGUGCUACAGCAUUGUAUAGAACUGACUAUUUGGGAAGAGGAGAGUUGUCAGCAAGAUAGAAUCAUUUAGGGAAAUUCUUGAGGAAUCUAUAGAGAUUAGCAGAUGAAUUCAAUGUAGCAGUUGUAAUAACUAAUCAAGUGAUGAGUCAAGUAGAAGGAUUCUAUUGUACAAUGAUGGCCAUGGGUGAUCAAAAGAAACCAAUUGGAGGCAAUAUCAUGGCUCAUGCAUCUACAACAAGAUUGUAUUUGAGAAAAGGAAGAGGAGAGAAUAGAAUUGUUAAGAUUUAUGAUUCUCCAUGUCUACCAGAAUCAGAAGAGUAAUACACCAUAUCACCUGGAGGAAUCGAUGAUUGCGCUGAUUGA